GAAUACUUAGUUAGUACAUCCCGCAGGUCACGAUGAGACAUGACUAGCGGUAGCUCCGAAUUACUGCUCGAUCCUUUGCAGGAAUUACGUAAGAAGAAACUCACGGAGCUGGCAACGACCAGAAAAAAAGCUGACCAGAAAUCCAGACGAGAACAGGCUUGGUUCUACGCCACUUUACUCUUCGCAAUGGCCACAGUCACAACGGGCACAUCGUUACUUUUCCUGGUACCUUUAUACGUAGAUCCUGCCAUAUCGACGUUAAUCGCAGAUUUCGUCCAAGAACCGGUUACCUGCACCACCACUCGAAGGGACGACUACAGCGGUUUGUUCAACUGUUCGUGGAGCUCGUGCCGGGAAGGCUGUACUAGUGACUUUUACCGAUGUACGCAUAUUUACGUAGAAUACGUGGAAGAUACGUCCGAGACAGCCGACCAAGAUGAUUCUUCCAGUUCAAAACACCACGAAGCUGUGUUAUUAGUUAACAUCAAAGGGUGCGGAUACCCGCCCAAUGUUCGGUGUUCGAAUUUUACCGCCAUAUACGGAGUUCUCGGUGCGUCCUUUCCGUGCUAUUAUUCGAGGCAAAAUAAAACCGUAGCUUUGAAUCGGUACGAUAGAUCCGAACAGGUUCGCACUAUUGUUAAUUACUUCGUUGUGCCGUUUGUUAUUUGUAUAGUGUCGUCGGUUACCUUGUGUGUGAUGCAUUGCGACUGCCGAAACGCACCCAAAGGUGUAGAGAAACAGAACAGUACAGAAGAACCUAACAGUGAUUGUUCGAUAAGCACAAAGGUCGACAAAAUGGCCGCGGCUGAAAGCGGACCGAGUAGUUCGCAGAUGAAAGGCGAAUGUAGCAGACCACUUUGACAAAACGAAGCCGACACACCUCAAUCGCAAUCCAGUUCUUUAUAAGAUGAACCAGACGGGAAAUAAUUUUUUAAUAAAAAAAACGACACAGACGAUGAUCUCGUCGACCACGUGAGUGUGUGUAGUCGGCAUAAAAUGCCGCGUAAUUAACGAAAAUUGAAGCAAAAAAACGCGCGCAUUUCAAAGGCUUAAAAGUUCAUUGGCUUAACGCUUACUGAAUUUUAAAAUUUUUUUCCGUUCGGGAUUAAACAGAAAAAAAAAUGGAAAGCUGAAAUGUUCAAAGUGCUAGUUACCAUUUCAAUUGUAACCGUAAAGCCAAGCUUUUUAAAAUGUUAAUUACGAGAGAAAAAAAUUCGUUGUUGGAAUGAAUGAAAAAAAAAGGGUCUUAACACUUUUGAUUCCCAUUUCAGAUAAAUUUACAACUUUUACGUGACUGGCUCACCUUUUCCAACCAACGUUACCGAAAUCAGAAUUACCUAUCCGCAAAUGUAAACUUCUUUCUGGUGAGAAUGAAGAAUUGAUUUUGAUUUUUUAUUUUCAUUUUUGUUUUUCAAUUUAAUUUGAAAGUAAAUUAUACGAUGUGAUUGAUGGAACACCUACCUAGUUAGACUAGGUGAAGAAAUAGAAAAUGUUUACGUAUAUUUAUAACGCCCAAGGUGAGUCCAUAAUGAGCCUAUAGAUCAUGACACACCGCGACUCUUGAUUGUUUACAGAUUUUUACAAAUUUUACCUACCGAAUUACCCAAGAUUUGCCAUAUAUUUUUAUUGAUGGUUUUGUAUCAUUUGAGUUUUUUUUAUACAUACUUAUGUUUAACCGUUUAAGCGUAUUUUGUAAUUUUUAUAAUUUCCCCAUUUUUUUGUUUUAUAAAUUUUUUAAAUGUCGAAGCACAAACCAUUUACACGCAUUAUUUUUUCCAACCGUACUGUUCUAAAAAAAACUGACUCUUUCAAAAUCGUGCUUUUAACUUGCUUCUUAAGUUUUUUUUAAAAAAAUUAUUUAAAAUAGGCCAUACUGAGAGAACAAAACUUCGAACAAACCUCAACAUUAUAUUGUACCAUAAUUGCUUUUCUGAAAAUGAUGAAGAAAUAAUACACAGCGCAGCUUUUGUUUGGCAUAGAUGUACUACCUUGGCGAAAGAAGAACGUUUUUUCGAAAAGUUAUUAUUAUAUCGUGUCCUGUCACUGCCAUUUGUAUAGAAUAACACGAGGGAGGAGGAGGGGGCGAUGAAGAUAUCAAAGAAAAGUAUAUACCUCGAGAAGUUUCGGAACAAAAAAAUGAGUUUAUCGGAUACAUAGUACAUACAUACAACAUUUCUAUCUAGAUCUACGUGCUGGAGCGAAAAAUUGUCACAAAUGUCUUCUCUUUACUCCCCACUUAUUUGAUUUUUUCUUUCUUCGAAUAUCAUAUCAAUUUGUAGGAUCAAGGUUUUAAGAAUAGGUACCUAUACGUAAAAGUUCCCAAGAUCUUUGUUUUUUCUCAAUAUCCCCCCCCCCCUUUUGGGUAUAUAUAGCGGAAGUUAUUUGAUUGUAUACUUGAAGAUGGAAAUGGAUGCGGAAUAUAUGUGAAAUUUCCUGCAGUCCGAUAUUAUAUUCUGAAUUCAGAUGCAAAUUGAAUAAUAAUGAGGCUGAAAGAUCGACAAAAAUUACUAUCCUUUGCGUCGGAGUAUUUCGAUAAUGUAGGAAAUUCUUCGAUUUUAUUAUGUACAAGGAAUUGAGUUCUCGUUGCAAAAGCGUGGGAAGAGUUUUUUCCUGCUUUUCUCUAAGGUUCCAUUCGUUCAAUUGUUAUUACCUAUAAAAUAAUUCAGGAAAUAGGACUUCUUAUUUCGAUUCAAGUAUUUUUGUCUCUCAUCGAAUUGCUAACAUUGCUCGGCCGGGAAAAAGAGAAGAAAUGGGUAGUGAAGGAAACUGGUGGAUGAUGACGUAGGCAUCGUAGAUACUUACAUACAAUAAAAGUUUAAGCUCUAUAAAAUUCAGGUAGGAGGAAAAGAGCCUCUUGAAAUUCAAAUUUAAAAAAAUUUUCAACACAAAUGUACCUAAUACCCACGAUUUAAGGAACAAACCAUGAAUUUUUGAAACUUCAUAUAUUUCAGCACCUGAAAUUUUGGCUGGUGCUAUAUUUUGGAGUCCUCUUUUGAUUCCCCUUUUGUGCGGUUCAAAUUUUUUUGUGUUGGUAGGAAAAUUUCUCUUGUCAGAGAAAAUUGAUCGUAUCUGCUUAUCUUAUCUGAUCAGAUCUAAUCAGAUUAUAAAUAUCAAUUUCCCCUGGGUUUAUAAAAUUUCGUCUGUCCUGCAGAUUCAGAUAAGCACAAACCUCUUGAGAUCUUCCUAGAGGCAGUCAAUUUUUAAAACUAAUCAGAUUCAAUCGUUUUUUCUUGGUUCUCAAUUUCUCAUGUUUCGAUCUACGAGUAUUAAUAUCCAAUUAAUUGUUUGCUGAGGGGAAAGUAUUGGAUCAUUUACAGUCUGGAAAGAUCAAACGUACUCUGGGAAUGUUCGGAUCUGCAAUUUAAACUCAUUUUCCUACCUGAUCACAUCCGAUGAAAUCAAAUCAACUCUGCUCAGAUACAGUUAAUUUCUUUAUCUGAUCAGCGCUUAUAUAUUUUUUUUGCUGGGAUACUAUUGAUUUCUAUAACCAAUUUAAAGUCUACUUCCAAUAAUUUUUAGAUUCAAUCUGACUAAAAAUGAUCAAUGAGCAGUAGCCCGUAAAGAAUAGGUACUUUUGACCCCAAGAUAUUGGCCAGAAAAGAAGGUUACCUAUUUAUUCAAAAAAAUUUUAAACUACAAAAGAUCUUUCAACUUCACAUUUUUUUGCUUAAAAAAUACCAAAAGUUAAUUACUAAUUUCCAAAACUUUCGGGGUAAGUAUACCUACCUCAUUUGAUGCAAUUAAUACAUUGAUUUCACUUAAUAAAUCAAAAACCUCCUUAAGUUGGAAAAAUUUAGGGGCACAGGACGCAGAUCCCUUCCCAUGGUUCGUUUCUGAAGUCAUCGUUUUUCAAUUUCUUGUUUCAGGUCUGAAAAAAAAUAUUCCAAAAUGGAGGAAACAUUUUUUUUUUAAAUUUCAAGGACUUCCCUUUUUUCAAUCUAUUUUAAAACCCACAUACCUCAAAUCAGUGGCGCACCGAAUAGAGCUCUCAAAAUUGUAUCCUCUCUCCCUUAUAGGAUCUUUCUCGUCCUGUUUUUUCUCAGGUUCGGAUACUUGAAUGCAAGUUGUGCAAUUGAUUUUUAUCUUCUUAUUCGAUUUCGCAAAAAUUAGUCAACCUUUUUGGGGGGAAAGGUGGGGGAAACAAAAAAUUUGCCAUGAGAAGAAAAUAUCAAUAUUUCCGAAUAAAAUUACAAGUUUAUGAAGUGAAAUAAAAGAUGAAAUCACAAUUUUGCCAAUUGAUAUAAUUUGCAUUGGAACUUUAAAAAAAAAUUUUCUGUUUUGAAUUUUAUGGAAGUUUCAAAAAUGUUUUUUUUUUUUUUUUUUUUUUUUUUUGGAUUAGUAAAGAGAUAGAAAUUGAUCCGAGCAAAGCGAGGGCAAAAGCUUUUAAAAAUUUGCAUUAUCGAGAGGUAAAAAAAUAAUGUUUUUUAAAAAUUUGUUCACUUUUUCAUUUCAAAAUUUUAGAAUUUGAACGACGUGUUUUUAAAAAUUUAAAUUUUGAAAAUGAAAAGUGAAUAGGCCCGAGUAGAGUGAGAGCAAAAGCUGCUUUCAAGAAGCAGAAAAACAUUGUUUUUUUUUCAGGUGAAAAGUGUGUUUUUUUGAUUUGAAAAUUUCUUAAAAUUUGAAUCUUGUAAAUACGUAGAUCUUUGAGAUGGGACACCUUGUACACUUUCAUCUUGAGCAAAAUCACACAGACCACCUGAAAACUGACCCAAUAAUAAUCCUCGCAUCAAGUUGAACUUGAGAUGAUCGAGUUAGAAGGAGGAAGAACCUAUAACAAUCGAGUAAACAUUCGGAUAAUUCGUAAACACAAAAUCGAUCGCCGUCGGGCUAAAGGAAGGUCGUAAAGUCGACACGAUGGCUAUGGCGUUUACAAGAGUGCUUGAAAACUUUGUAUGUGUAUGUAUAGUGGUGAUAUGAUACAAAGGUGCUACAUGGUAUAGGUACCUUUAGUAAUAAGGGCAACAGGGACGCGGAGAAGUGGAAAAAAACACACCACGUCCUAUAUAAAAAUUUAAAGAGAUAAUACUCUUACGCGUAGUCUAUUUAAAGGGUAACGUAAAUAAUAAAUAAAUAAAAAAUGAAAACCCUUUCCACAACGCGGAAUCACAACAUUCAACACAUUUUCGCCGUUCCAUCCAACCGCUGCUGUAUAAAUCGAAUCGAGAUUGAGCAAAAAAUUCGCCGAGACAUGUUGUCGCGUUACUCGGCUAUUUUUGUCGAGACCGAAGCAGGAAAUUUCCUAUUCAUCAAUAUCCUGGUCGUUUAACAGCGUUCGCAGCUUUCUCGCGCGCAACUUUUAAGAGAUUACUUGGCAUGGCAGGCCGAGGCGCAGUUUUAUUAAUGAAAGCAUUAUUCCCCAUUCUGCCCGGAUUAAAUUUAUUAUACGCCGGCAAAUGGCCAAAAACAAAGCAAAAUUACUGUCUUUAUGCACUUUAACGAGUUAAAAGUUCAACUAUAUCGAAAAUUACCAACUUAUUAUCGAUUUUACAACUGAAAAUUAACGGCUCUCUUUCCCUCCAUAUCUGACUUUUGUUCACGAUAUAGCAUAGCAUAAGGCAUGAUAAAAUUCCAGUAGGUUUAUACGCAACGACCUACGGUUUGUUGCAAUAACCUUUUUUUUUUUCUACGAUGAGGAGUUUUAGAAUACAUUAUAGAUAUGUAGUUCCUAUACGAAAACAAAAGAAACUAAAAAAAAACUCUAUAUAUUUUUAUUUGCCAUUAUACGUACGUCGUCGUACCAAAGAAAAAGACAAAAAAGCUAGAGAAAGAAAUUCCAAUUCCGAUGCUUAUUUUUCAACUUGUAAAAUUUCUACAUUCAUUCGUUUACAUCGACGAGAGCUUUAGAACGUAGGUAGGUAAACAAUUAUAGAAUUGGGAAAGUACAUAGACUAAAAUGGAUAUUUUCAACGUGAAAAUUUUGCGUGAUCGCACGCGAAAACUUCAAGCCUUCGUUAAUUAGUAAUCUCGAAAUCGUGAAUUUUACAACAUUUCAUGUCAUAACGUCCAGUAUAAGCUCAAAAUAUUUGAAGGGUAAUUACCUACGGUAGUGCUCUUUUUUUUUACGUGGGUUAAUUACUCGUUAUCGUGUGGUUCAGCGAAUUCCUAAUUUGAAAAAUGAGAAGUGAGGUUAUUGUUCAGUAAGUACCUACCUACCUAUGUUUUUACCGAAUUUAAUAACAUUCGUGUGUGAUGUGCAGCUUUCAAAAAUAUCGUGUUUAAUGCGAAAGCAAUUUUCUAAAUGACUCUAAACAUUAUGAUAGAGGUUACUGAUUUGAAAGGAAAAACAAACAAUGGAAAAUCAAUAAUACAUUUUCGAAGCAUCAAGAUGGAAAAAGUUGAGGUGAAAUUGCAUUAUUUUUUUGAUCUCAAGAAUUCUUGGGAAAAUACAUUAUUUAACUUGGCGGUAUUACUGAAUUUUUUCAAGCACAUACUUUUGAAAAAAAUACAAGUUUUGGCAAUUCAAAUUUAAAUGACGUAUAGGUACCUACCUAACGAACUAAGUACCUACUUACUUGUAUUUCUCAACAUAGGUACUUUCUUAUUUUUGAAUUUGAAUGGUUAUGAAUUUAAUAAAAAUAAUAAUGGGAGACAUUUUUUGAUCACCUGAAAUUUUUUUUCACAAUUUAAGGUGUCGCCUCUUUUAAAGAAAUGAUUUUCCAAGCGAAUUAAAAAAACUGAAAACAGUUAAUGGAAAAUUACAAAGAUUGAUCAUGGAAAUGAAAAAAAGCGGAACUGGUAAUUUUGGCACACAAACAAGACACCAAAACUUUAUUGACAUAGACAAAAAACUGGAUUUUUUGACAGUUUUGGCAGAAAAAUACCUAAUUUUUGAUAACUGCCAAAAAAACACGCUGGGUAAGUUUAGUACAUAUUUUAUUAGUAAAUGUUGAAAAAAGAGGACUUUUCGGCAAUUUUGGCAGAAAUGAAGACUUUCUCACAAUUUUGGCAAAAAAUGAAACUUUCUGAUAAUUUUGAAAAACAAGACUGCGUUUAUAACUCUGAUCUAAACUUUGGAAAUAUCAGUCUGCAACCUCCAAUAGAUACAUAAGAGCUGGUCAAUGCAUUAAACUAAACUCAUCUUGUUUUAAAUAAACUCCUGCUGAUUUUCCAGCUACGAUUAUGCAGGUAUAGUGGAACCUUGAUAACUCGAAACUCUUCAACUCGAAAACCUCUAUUAGCCAAACCAACCUCCAUUCCCCUUGAAAUCUCUGUAACAUUCAAUGUUAACUUUACUCGGAUAAGUCGAAAUUGAUUACACAAACCAGUCAUAACUCGAAGCUAAAAUUUUGUCAAAAAUAGCGAGAAAGCCUGUAUAAGUUGUACGUUGUUGAGCAUUUACCUCUAUAACUCGAAUAUUUUUCAAUUCAUACUUCUAUCUUUUAUGCACUUACAUAUCUCAUUAUUUGUAACUCCAAGCUAAACUUUUGCUGAAAAUAGUGAGAAAGCCUCUAUAAGUCAUACGUUGUCUAGUGUUUACCUCUAUAACUCGAAUAUUUCAAUUCAUACGCACUUACAUAUCUCUCAAUUCAUUCAUUUCGUAAGACCUCUAUAACUUGAACCCUCUCAAAAUCUUACCUGCAUUACUCGAAACUACAUAAUUAUCUUAAAAACCUCUAUAAGCCAAAUGAGUGACCAUUCCCCUUGGAUUUUGAGUUAUCAAGAUUCCACUGUACUCGUCGACCAUAUAUAAUGGACGAAUAAUUCAACGGUGAAAAAAUGACAAAAUGUGACGGCUAGAUUUUGGAUGCAGAAUCCUGGAAACAUUCUGCUCAUGCGCCAAACAUGACGCUUACGGUGCUGGUGGAGAGAGAGACGGUUUACUGGUUGAACAUGGGUUGAACCAGGGAACCCUCUGACGACUGUACUUGAUACAAUUGAGUAAAGGUUGGAAAUUGUUAUCAAUAUCCUGGCUUAAGAUUGCAUUACUGGUACCACUAAAAUUAAAGGCAUACAGAUGAUUACAUUCUUUUUUUCAAAACUGGUGGAACAAUAUCAUCAAUGUUGUUAUCCACGCCUUCUUCAGUGGAUGAUGCUGGAGAAAAGUCAAUUUCUUCAGAUUGUUUACUUUCUUCUUCUUUAUUUAAUGUAUGUAGGUACAGAAGUAUCGCAAUUAUCCCCACUGUAAGGAUCUGACAAGCUUUUGGUUUACAACCUUGGGUUUGCUUUGGUAAGGAGGAAUUGAACUGACACCACCAACAAAAGUACCAACAGCUACAUUAGCUUCUCUAGUACAAAUUGAGCACACAUUCUAAUAAAACAGAAAACAAGGCACGUUACAGUACAAAUUGUGUUCAAUAGGUAUGCACACAUACACACGUAAAACACAUGCUGAUAAGAUGACUUAGAAGAUGUUAACUCAACCACGAUCAAGGUAAAACGAAAUUGUGUGAACAAAAUUUCCUUCCAUUUAAUGUUUUUUCAUGAUAAUUUUGGCACAAAAUGGAACUUUUUCGAGCAAUUUUGACUAAAAAUUCCACAUUUUCAAACAGGACAGGACUUAUAUACAUUUUAAGCAGAAAUGGAACUUUUUGACAAUUUUGGCAAGAAACUGAGACUUUUUAAUACAAUUUCAAGGAAUAUAUAAUUUUUUGUGACAAUUCUGGCAGAGUGUUGGAAUUUUUGACUUGAAGUGCACCUAGAUUAAAAAAAGAAUUUUUCUCAUUUUUGUCAAAAAAAUGAAAACAAGUUUCAUAUUCUGCAGUUUUGUAAAAAUACAGGAAUGCCUAGCCUAAGUAAAAUGGGUGUAAAGUAUCCUCAUCAAGGAAAGUUUUGAAUCAUGGCUAUGUUUUUUUACUCAAUUUAACUCUAUGGUACCUAGUUAGAAACGUUCCAGAUUCAAAAGAAGUAAAUAGGUAUCAGAAAUUCAUUUUAGAAAUUUUUUGAUAAAAAUAGUUUUAAGCAAUUAAUUAAGGUGCACUGGGGGAAGUUGGAAUUCGGGGUAAGUUAGAAAACUUGCUCUAGCGCCUAGAGGUUUAUAUCUGGUGAAGUGCCACUAAAGGUGACUUGAGGGUACUACCACUACUUCAUCACGGCAUAAAAAUUUUCGCGAUUCAGUUUCAUUUUAGAUGUCUUUGGUUCAAUUGUAUUUUGUUGUUGUUUUGAACUUAUUUUGAAUUUGGUCUAAAAUACAGACUUUCUAUUUCUUAGUUUGUCGCAUAUAGCGGACGAACCGUGCGUCCUAGUAAAAAUCUGAUGAGAGUGAUCUCAAAGAGAAUUAAAUUCUCUACAAUUUUGUUUCUAUGCAAUUUUUCUAGGACGCUCAGUUUGUGAUCUACGCCUCUGCAAAGUUAGCCUUUUCUGACUUCCCCCAAUUGGGGUAAGUCAGGACAGUUUAUAUUUUAUUCCACUGAGCGAAAACUACUGGGUCAAUCGCGCUCAAAUUUUUACCAUAGGUUAAGAACCCUUAUGGGAACCUACAUAAUAAAUUUGAUCCAUAUUGGUUCAUUAGAAGGGGAGUAACAGCUGGUCAAAGUUGAAAUUGCGAAAAAUCAUUCUGACUUGCCCCGGUGCACCUUACACCUUUUACAGCACGAACACGCUGUAAAAGGUGUAAUUAAUUGCUUAUAAAAUGUGCGAAAAAGGAGCUAACCACUACAUUCAAAAAAUAGUUUUGGUAACUAAUUCAUCGAUUUUGUUCUCCAAUUUGAGUUUUUAAAAGUUUGACAUUAAUGUUAGAAAGUCGACAAUUUUUUUUCCAAGUUUUUCAAAGUUAAUCUCACACCAAUUGAUCGAUUUUCUACCAAGUUCUUCAAAGCCAUAAAUUAAUUAUUGUAAUUCAUCAAUUCCCCCUCCACAAUUUCUUGGAAAUUAGACUUGAUUUCUAGAAGUCUAGAUAGUUACCUGCUUCAAUUUGAAUAGACGUUUCAGAAAUGAUGUUUUUUUUUCAAAAUUUUUAAAACUUUGCACUUGAAAAAAUUAAAAAAAAAAACAUUUGUUCAUUUUUGGCUAUUUUUCUCAAUUCUUUGAGAUUGGCAGUAACGACCGAAAAAUCGGUGCAACUGCCUUCCGAAAUAUUUCCCAAGUUUCAGGAAUGACAUCUCUCAUUGAUUUUGCCAAAUUAAUGCGAAAUAUUUGCGAAGAAAAAAUUUCCAAAACGCAAAUUGAUCUAAAAAGAAGCGAUUUGCAAAUUUUUAACCACUCAGUAGGACCCUAAAAGUGAUCUUGCGGUAGCAUAGAUCGAUGCAGAAUCUCAAAUACUUUCAUUUGGAACUGAACUAUUUUUCCCAUAACAGGUUGGGUAACGACAGGGGCGAAAAACCCACAAUUUUUUUCGAAAAUGCUCUCUCUUUGAGAGCCUAUUAUUUCCCUUCAGGAGCAUUUCCGGAGCUACAAUUUUUUCUGAGUAACUUCCAACUCAAAAUGAAAGUCUCGUCUGAAUUUGAUGAAAAUCCGCCGACUUUUUUUUCGCAAUCCAUCCUAUGUAUGUACUUACACCUGCAUAUUCAGAGAGCAAAGUGCUUGUAUGUACAUCGUUUCAUAUGUGUUUAUUUGGAUAGAAACUACACACCCUGCCAUAUACUAACUGAAUUUCAAUAUAAUAUCGUGUGCUACGUCGAGAAUUUUAUCGUACAUAUAUCGACGUAUAGGUACACAAUAUAUACAACACAUAAGAACAAUCAGGCUCGAAGAAACCCAUUUCUGAACAUCUUACGUGUAUAAUAAGGACUGUCGAAAUUUCCGUUCUUGUUCACGUUAGGUACAUUGAUAAGGGAAAAUCUAAAAGAGCCAGGAUGUAGAGGAAAAGAGACGACGAGAUAAAAGCGAUGCCGAAAUAUUGAAAUAUCUACAAGCCGCCGGUAACACACAAUCGAUACCAUUAUGCAUGUUCUACUUUUUCGUACUUUAUUGAAAUUUAAGUAACCGCGAAACGUUUUUUUCUUCUUUUUUCUGAAAACUUUGUCCUAGUUUUAUUCUCGGUAUGGUUUUCUUUUUUGCCUUUUUCUGCUCCUUUUUGGUUGAAAAAAAAAAGAAAAACGAGAUUUCUUUCUACUCAAAGCCUCGGUUUAAAUUUCAUUUGACGAAGCCGCUAGGUAUACAGCGAAAUUAACCCCUCGAAAGCUCAUUGGCGCGACACACAAGGUCGUCCAAAUAUUUCAGCUCAGUGAGAAAAAUUUUUACAGCAUCUUUAGGUUGAAUUUUGGCGCUGAAACGUUUGUCGUGUUUUUUAAUUUCGAAGAAAGCGCCGGCGAAAUUUAGGUAUUAUUUUCAAUUAAACGCCGAGUCGGUCGGAGUUCUUGGCUUAAAAAGUUUCCUAUGCUCGAGGUAUUUACAAUUUUACGACAUUUAUCGCGGUUCGGUGUGAAAAUAAUUUUUCUCAAGGUAUUUUCACCGACGGAUUUCUUCAAGUUGUUUUGAAAAAACGCCCAUUUUAACCCAAACGCCAGGUUUUAAUUUUGUAUUUACCUGUCUACCUUUUUUUUUUUUUAAAAAAAUCUUUUUCGUCCUUGGUACGGGGUAUUUAUUUUUUUUGUUUCGCUUCUAGAAGCUUUAAUUGUACAAAGGCGUACGUUCGAAGCUCAAAUUUUUAAGUAUUAUACCGAGGUUGGUGCUACCUUUGAUAAUAAGUAUUAAGAUUGCGCGUUAAAAUUUUUUUCAUGUUUGUUGCGAUCACGAUUGAUUUUGUUUGAUCUGUGAUUUUUUAAAAAUUUGAGCAUUUCCAUGGACCACAUACGUUAGUAGCUUUGGUUAGAGCUCAGCCAUAUAUGUGUAUUAUAAACAAUUGUAAAAUGCUACAUGAUGUGAUUAUUUUGUCGACAAAAUGUUACCUUGCAUUGUAUUUUUAGCGAAUGAUAUUUUUAUAUCUGCGAUUUCGCCUUCAUACUAAUUAAUACUCGUUUCUAAAAAUAAAUCGACGAAAGCCUAAAUAAAAUAUAAUUACAUUAAUAUACCUACCUAUCUGAUCUCAACGCGGUAUUAUGCAUGAGAAGUACCUACAUAUUAAGAUCACAAGUGUAAAAUGAUCAAAUCUCAAUACGGUAUGAGGCAGGUACCCUUUAAUAUUUCACCAAGCUGGCGAAAACAUCACGUGUUAUUUUUUUUUGUUUUUAAAAUCAUAAGUGAUAAAUUUGCAUCAUGAUUUGCAAAUAUAUCACGUUUAAAAUUUUCACCCAUUUAAUAUUUUUUUCCAAAUUUUUCCUAAAUUUGUUAGAAAUUAAUUUUUUAACGAAUAAAUAUUUGUAUGUUAGCAAUAACGUUGUUGUAUUCAUAUCUCUAUUUUAAGGAUACUUUUUAGGUUUGUUGUUUAGUAUUUUUUUUGUGUGCGUGUGUUUUUUUUUCGUUUUGUUUUUGUAUUUUAUUAUUAUAAAUACCGAUAAAUUACCUAGUGAAAGUAUUGUAUCAAUAAAAUGUUUUUUUUCUCA